AUCUCCCCUUAAAAUUCUUUACUUUGACCCUGUACUCUCUCAUUCCCUCAUUUUGACACUUUUUCUAGGGUUCUUUUCUUCUUCUUCUCCUAUCUUCCUCCCCAUAAAGUCACUCCCUUUACCCUUUUCUUCCCACAUUGCUCCACCCAGAAAAAGAUGGCAUCUUUCGCUCCUUCUUCUUCUUCUUCUUCUUCUUCUUCUUCUGAUCAUAACCCAAUACCCUUCUGGACUCCGUCGCCGUCUGCAGCUGCUUUUCCUGACGAAGAAGACUCGUGCAGUAUCUGCCUCGAGCCUUUCUGCUCCGAUGACCCCUCCACUAUUACCAGCUGCAAACAUGACUAUCAUCUUCACUGUAUAUUAGAAUGGUCACAAAGAAGUAAAGAAUGCCCAAUUUGUUGGCAGUUACUUGUCUUGAAGGAUCCGGCUAGCCAAGGGCUUCUAGAUGCUGUACAAAAUGAGAAGCGCUCAAGGGCAAGAAACAUAUCUUCUAUUGCUCCCCCAACUUUUCACAAUUCCUCUGAGGACUUUGACUUUGAACAUGAUUCGUUCUCAGAUGACUCCGAUUUGGACGAGCGUAUUAUGCAGCAUCUUGCUGCUGCUUCUAGCAGGGCUCGUUAUGCACGCAGAAGGGAAAGACAGAGAUAUUCGGGACUGGCCCCUUCCAAUGGAUUUAAUUUUUCCCAUGCUGAAAAUGUGUCUGCUUUGGAGCAAGCACACCCAACUUCUCCUGAAGAACGUCCUAGUUUCACUUAUGGUUCACCAGGAGGUGAUUCACCAACUUCUCCAAGACCACACGUUGUUCAACCUCCACCAUCUUUUAUCUGCAGCACUGCUGCCAACAAUGAUGUUCCUUUCAAACCAAGAGUUCUCUUUGGCCAGCCAACACCUAAUGGUUCACAGGGACAAAUCCCAUCCGAGAUGCUAAAUUUCCCAGAGUCUAUCAAGUCCAAGCUGUCUGCUGCUUCAGUCAGGUACAAAGAGUCCAUCUCAAAAGGAACUCGAGGUUUGAAGGAAAAGCUGUUUGCUCGUAACAACUCAGUCAAGGAGCUUAGCAAAGGAGUUCAACGUGAGAUGACUGCAGGAAUUGCUGGUGUUGCACGAAUGUUUGAGCGCCUAGACCUUACCUCAAAGAAUCCUGGUUCCCCUACGCCAGUUUCUGAUCGUAGCGGGGGUACUUCAAACUUCUCUGCCAAGGGAAAGGCUGUGUUAGAAAAUGUGAUUGUUCAGUGUUGCAAUAAAAGCAGUGGAAGAAUUUCUGAUGAAACUUCAGAAGCACCCUCUCACAUCAUCAGGCCGACUUGACGUUUCUGAGCAGAACUGGCAAUGUUGCUACACGGUUUGGGUUUAGCUCAUCUAAAGAAUAAUUGUUUGUGUUUCAUUUCUCAAGCAUAUGGCAUGUUAGCAAGUGACGUUAUGGUUGGAGCCAAGCUGCUGGUUGGUUUGCGUCCUGCAUGGCCUAUUUAUGCAAUACAGAAGAACCUUAGUUAUUCCAUGUGAAUGAGUUAU